GGCAAAAGCAAGGAAGUCUCUCGACUCACUCUGGAACAGCAAAAAGCCCGCUCACAACCCGUAAAACAACUCAAUUCAACCCGAAGCCAAGGACCCAUCAUUUCAGACAAUAUGGGCACCAUGGGAUCUGAAAAGUCUCCUCUACCGUACACACGCUCUGACCCCGUUCCCAUAGAUGCAGAAACUGAGUGCAAAUAUAUCUCCCGUUUUCAGCCUCGGAUCAGCAAACAUGCGGCUGUUUCCCAAGACGCCUGCAUAGAGUGUCAUAUCGAUCUGUUUGGUAUGGACAAGAUUGGGAAAGUGGCUGGAGGCAUGAAUGCGCAUACAGCAGAUUUUACGGCCCUGUGUGCUCCAGAGGCUCUCCCAGAGAGGAUUGCUCUAUGUUCUUAUUUCAUCGAGUAUGCGUUUGUGCAUGAUGACGUAUCUGUGGAUGCUGUGCAAGGGGCCGAAACUUGCCGUGAAGGGACCAAAACUCUAUCGAAGGCUUUAGGACCAGAAAGAUAUGAAGACCUUCAAGCAAUCAUGGAUGGUGGGUUAAAGAGAAAGCAAUCUAGAGCAAAGAUCUGGUCAGCUCUGAGGGAGAUUGACCAGGACUACCUUGGUCGCUGUCAGAGCACUUUCAAGCAGUGGUAUGAGACGGGCCAGCAAAUGAGGGACCAAACAUUUGCGAGCUUGGAGAAUUAUUUGGCUGUUCGGGCCCUUGACUGCGGCGCCAACUGGGUUGUUCGCAUGAUGGGAUGGGCCAGCGGGGUUGAACUCACACAGGAGGAAGAGAUUGAAACCGGGCCAGUGACCUAUCUGGCCUUUGUGGUCCUAGCGGUUACCAAUGACAUUUGGUCAUGGGAGAAGGAAAAAACAGUAACGCGGGAUUCUGGGGAAUCUCUUCCACUAAUCAACGCCGUCCAGAUGGUCAUCCAGAUGCAGCAAGUCGAUGAGGAUACCGCGAAACACAGAGUGCUCGACGUUAUUCGCCAGAACGAGAAGCAAUACUGUUUCCUGCGUGACGAACACUUAAAAAGACCCAAUACUUCGCAUUCCGUGAGGAAGUGGUUCCAAAUUCUGGAGUUGUCCAUGGCAGGCAAUGCGCUGUGGAGCAUUCAUGCUCCUCGAUACCACCUUAAUGUCCAAAAUCCCUACAUCUCCCCUUCUGUGGUUCCCUCUGUCUUUAAAGAAUUGCAAAUAAUGCAAUCAAGAUCUAAAGGUGGAAAGGCAGAGAAGACACAGACACAAAAGACAACUGAAAUGAAAAAUCCACAGACGGUGCUAGAAAGACUAGACGACUUGGUCCUUUGGAGGCCGUAUGAAUAUAUUACGUCUCUGCCAUCCAAAGGUAUUCGGCAGCACCUGAUAGACGCUCUACAGACUUGGUUUAAUGUACCAAGGAGCUCUUUGGCGGCAAUUUCUGGUGUAGCGUCCCUACUUCAUGAGGCCUCCCUGAUGUUGGAUGAUAUCCAAGACGGUAGUCCUCUCCGCCGUGGCCAGCCAGCAGUCCAUGAAAUGUUUGGUGUGGGGCAGACCAUCAAUUCUGCGUGCUACUGCAUUAACAAUGCGUUACGUCUGGUCCAAGAAAUCUCACCUAGCGCAGCCCUGAUAUUCUCAGAGCAAAUGGGACAUCUAUAUAUAGGGCAAGCCCACGAUAUCUCUUGGGCUGGUCAAAGGGCUAUCCCUACGGAGGAGGAGUAUUUUGAAAUGGUUGAUGGCAAAACCGGAGCGCUCUUUGUUCUUCUAUUCCGCUUGAUGCAGAGUGAAGCCUCAGAAAACAGGAACCUGGAUAUGUGCCCCUUCAUGAAUAAGCUCGGACGGUGUUUUCAGAUCCGGGACGACUACCAGAACCUUGCAUCCCAAGAAUAUACGUCGCAACGCGGGUUUUGCCAGGAUCUCGAUGAAGGGAAACCAUCGUUUCCAUUCAUCCGCGCGUGUCAUGAACUGCAAGAUAGCACGGCGCUCACUGAAUGGUUCAAAAUGCCGCGCAAUGGGGCUGGAGCUUCGGUGGAGGUCAAGAGAUACAUUCUCAGCCAAAUACGAGGCAGCGGGAGCUUCGAGUAUACGAAAGAGCUACUUUCGCAUCUCCUCUAUGAUCUAGAGGAUAUGGUACGGGACAUGGAGUCUGUGACUGGACAGAAAAACUGGAUACUGCGAAAUAUACUGGUACAGAUGCGGGUGAAAGAAGAGAGGGCCGUGCAGAAGAAAGAGACUACUGUUGGUGAAGUUAUGCGUGUUUGGGGCCAAUAUCAGGAGACAGCUUGGACGUCAAGCCUCAGUUGA